CGUCGAUCCCCAGGAUGGAUGCGGUGCAAAAGCCACUGCAUACUUUCUUUUCCCCUGGCUUAUCUCCCCUAUCAUACUGUCCGGCUGACAAGUGACUGAACCACUUACCUAGUUUCUGCCUGUUCUUGAUGACACUGUCUUGAUCACGCCCCAUCCGCUCUCUUUGUCCCAACUUCCGCUCCUUCACCUUGACACUCUUCCCUACUGACUCGUACACUUACACUCGCUAAUAGUAUUAUCCCCGACUGACCUUUCCCUCCACCUUCUCUGAAACGGAGCACGGAUCUCCUCUCAGGGAUGCACCAACCUGCAGCCUGAAUCUUCGACCCCAGACGAAACCAACUUUCACAACUCUCCUGUUCAUCCACAUCUACAGGGGUCAGUCAUCCACGGAACCGGCGUAUCUACCCGAUCCCGUCUCGUCAUCGCCCUCUCAUAUCUCGAUAUCUCGGUUACCCCCCCGCUACCGUGAAAUCAAAUUACUACGGCAGAAUAUGAUCCGUCGCAACUCCGACAUCGACGUCCAACUCUCCGAUGCGGCUUCCUCCCCCCCUGUCGAGCCCGAACCCUCGACUGCAGCCGAUGUGGAGAUGAUGUCUGAUGAACCUACACUACCUCUGAACUUGCCCACCCACCUUGCCGCUCGCUUCGCUCGCAAACCAAGUGUCGCCCGCCGCUCCUCCGCCGCCUCAUCCCGCCGCAGCUCGAUCUCUUCGCUCCAUUCUCAGCACCAGAACGGGCCCGCUCAUGGCGCGGCCGCGACCGAUCACAACCUCCGACGCACCUCCAUCCUUGAGAGUCGCAAGGCUCGACUCGCGGACCGCGCCCUGCACGCGGAGAAAGUGAGACUUCGGGCCGCCCUGGCUAAAGCGGCAACUCGGAACCUGCAGCGAGAGGAGCGAGCCCUGGCUGCCCAGCAGGCUCGGGAGCGGCUUCUGGCGGAGAUCACGGCCAAAUGCGAGGAGGAAGUCCGUCGGGCGAAAAAGAAGGCCGAAGACAACCGCGAGCGCAAGGCCGCCGAACACGCGCGACUCCGCCUGGAGAUCGCGGAGAAAUUUGCAGAGGCCGAGAAGCGACGCAUGCUCUAUCAGCAGACCCAACGGCGCCAUCGCACGAGCAGUCUGCCCACCGCUGGUGACGAGAAGAAUAUGCCUAAGGCCACCGUCCCGUUAGGAGUCACCCGCGACGCUGCCGCGCGGAUCAUCCAGCGAGUCUGGAGGACUUAUCAUGCGAGGACGGUCAUGCGUGGGUUCCUGGCUCUUGAAUUGAGCACGGAUCGUAUCCGAGAGAAAGAAUUCGAGGAAGUUGGUCGAAUGUUGUCAGACGAGCGGGUGUUGGAGGUGACGGCUCGGGUUCUUCGGCUGUGUGGCCUGCAGGAUAUGGAGAGCGACACGAUGGGUGGACGGGGCGCGGUGCGCACAUUUUUGAGCAGUUACCUGAUUGUGACCCAUCCUAGUGAGGUCCUGAGCAGCAAUGGGGAGCAGGAGCAGGAUCUGAUCGCGAAGGCCCGGGAGCUUCUCGCUGCAUUCGAGCUGGUGAUGCCUUUGCUUGCCUCGGGGUGCUGUUCUCCCGCAGUCAUCUCCACCGAACUCCAGGCUCUUUGCGAGGCGUAUAAUGUCUUCUUCUCUGCAUUCCACGCCUGGAAGUCUCACGACUCCAGUGUCCUGAUUGAGAUCAUGCUGGCUCAAUUCAUCGAGCUGGAGUUGAUCUGGCAGACAGUCAAGGAUGACCGUGCUGGUGGCGUUGCAGAGGACUAUCGUCAAGGGAUCCGACAGAAUCAGAUCUUGCUCCUUGCCAGGCUGAAGCGUCUGGCCGGCCCUGAUCAGGCCAUGCAGAAGGUGCGGAAUGCGCUGAAAAAGGCGAAGCGCGAGAAGAAGCGCACCGCGUCCAAACAGGCUAUCCCGCGGUCGGCAGAGGUGGCUCCCGCCUCGACGGAAACUCUCACGGAAAGCGUUGCUUCCCCGAUCAGCGAGACUUUCAACACUGUGGAUAGUGGUGUUUUGCAGGAGCUCGACAGGCAACGUGUUUCUCCCCAUGAGCGAUUUACCCGGAUGCUUACUGCCCUGCCGGAGAACCGGGCUUUGGUACACGAGCUGCUGAUCAAUAAGGAGUUCCGGAUAGACGAGAAACAAUACACUGAGCCACGCAAGCGAAUCAUGCAACAUAUGUGCGACAUGAUGCGAAAGGACGUUGCAGCCGGCCUGGAAACAAAUUGGACAGUGGCGAUGGCCACGGUGAUCCAAGACCGCUUGCUCCGCUUGCUCCGGCCGGGAAACUCGCUCCAUGUACUGAUCAGUGAGGUGCUUGACCCCAAGCUGGUGGAGAGCCAGUGCAGGGCGGGCGCGUUCUCGUACGACAGCUUCUUCAACUUCAUGAACACGAUUUUGCCUAAGCUUUGUGCCCCUUACCGUGAUCCGGUAGUCAAGGCAUUUGCCGAGGACACUUCGGGAGAUGCCAUCGACCGCCUUGCGCGGCUCAUGGGGAUCAUCGAUCUUCUCUCCCUCGACCACACCAACUUCAUGAUUCAGGUUGCAGCCCCGCAGUUGAUCCAGGAGGCUCCGGGGUAUGAGCAGAGGACAUUUGAGAAGGGUCUGCAAGAUGGAACCCAGAGCCUGGGGAAGACGCGGCGCUUCUGGCGGACACAUCGUAAGGUCAUCGCCGAUGAGAUGCGCAAGCGGGAUCCCGAGAAUGUGAACGGGGAACCUCAACCGCCGAGCACUAAAGUCUAUGCGCAGGGGCUUGUUGAUCUGGUCAUGAGCAACGCGCCUGUCUCGGAAGAGCUUAUCCCUGAGACUUUGGAGUUGGAUCGCCAGCGACUUGCGCGGUUGCAUGCCAAGGCGUUUCGGAUCGUUGCCACGGCUUCGAUUCUUCUGACGGCCAAGAAUCUGUUGAAGCGCGACGUGCGAUCUCAAUGGAAAGCCGAGGCAGACCGGAUCAUGUCUCUGGACUUUAACGAGAUCCAGCCUGAUCGUGUCAAGUCGAUUCUGGAAUCGACCCACCCGAUGCCCCCCAAUGCUAGUGCGCAACUGGCAGCCACCAUCCGUCGCGUGCUUGUGCCCGUUGCCACGGCCUGCGUGGCUGCCCAUACGGAGGGAGAAGGCACUCAGCCUGCGGUGGAGAUUCAGGUCGAGUCGACGUCGUCUGCGGCCUCGUUCACGUCCGAUGCCACUAGCGCGUUGACUGCGACGAGUGGCAGCGGCAAUGGGGUUUCGGGGUUUGCCGAUCCGGUGGCCCGAUUAAUCUUGUCUAGGUUGCGUGCGCACAUCCUGUUGCGGCUCAGUGCGUCGAGCGCGAGCGAAAGGGUGCGGGCGACGGCGACGGCCAGUCAGAGUCUGGCUGGCGCGGGCAUGCCGGAAUUCGUUACGGAGGUCGGACAGUUGACGGACGAGUUGGAGAAGAUGCGUGAGGUGGAUUGGCUGUGUCAUGGGAUGGUCUACGAGCGGAUUUUGAAUGCAUGAGGGAGGAGCUCGGUUUUGGUGUUGUGUUGCAGAUUUCAUGAGGCGAGUUUUGCUUGGGACAGACUGAGAUACGUCGUGCUUUUGGUUCUAUAGUCAGAUACAAAUGAAUGACUCUUGUUCCGG